UUCAACUCCUCCUACUCCCGGUUGAAUGCCUGUAACUCAUAUCCAAGGCUCAGGAGCAAAAUCCAGUUUGUGUGAGUGCGGGUGUGUGUGCGGGUGUGCGCGUGUGUGUGUGUGUGAGAGAGAGUGUGUGUGCAUGUAUCUUUCUCUCCCUCUCUCUCUCUCUGCAUGUGCAGGGAAGAUAGAGAAAUUCCUAAUGCAAGCCGGGUCUUGGGCAAAGCAGAGAGAGAGAGAGAGAAGGAAAGGGAAGAGAGCUGCCUCCGUGGUGUGUAUGUUUGCCUGCGUGCUAAGGGCUAAGCUUUGCAUCUGUUGUGCAGCCUGACUGGGAACUGCAGGUGCCACACAAUUGCAUAUGUCACUGAGAUGAUUUGAUGGUAAAAUCAGCACUUUCCGAGUGGAGCGUCUGCUUUCAUCCAUCAGACUUGAGAUAGAUGGUAGUGGUGGUACUGGCUGCGUGAUCUCUCUUCCAGGGGCUGCACCAUGGCUAUCUUUUAGUAGGAUGCAUCCUGUUUUGGCUUUGUUCUGCAGAUCCACCCAUCCUCCUAACCAUCAAGUAACAGGCAAUGGUGUCUUCUUUGGGGAUCUUCUCUUCUUUACUGUUGUCUCGGGUUAGUUUUUGGCCUUGGCUGGAAUCUCAUCGCCUCAUGUCUUGGUUGGCUUGGAUCUGAAAGGGAAGAAACAGACAGAAAGAAGGAGAGGAUCUAUGUCUUUUUUUUUCCUUCCACAGUUUUGGGUGAUAAUCCACCGUCAUUCUGGAGGGGAAAUAACCGUUCACUCUGGCUGAAAAACGCAUCCGUUGAGAGAAGUCUGAAAGAAAGAAACCACGUGAGGGGAAAGGGGGGAAAAAACCCUGGGAGAUCAAAUUUAUUAUUAUUAUUUUUUUUCCCUUUGUUGUUGUCUAUGAUAAAACUGGUGCACCUUUUGAGGAGAACUGAUCUCAAUUUAUUAUUAUGCAACAACCACAAGGGUCUCAUCUAUCUCAGGGUGUAUAAGCGCUGGAUUGCUUUUCGCCCAAAUCAAUGUGGUUUCUUUGGAACAUUUUCAGCAAAGGAUCGCAUAUGCUGCAGUGUCUUUGUGGCAAGAGUCUUAAGAAAAACAAGAACCCAACUGGGUGGAAGAAGGAGAAGGACCUCAACAAACACAAAUAGUGAUCCCCAGCUCAAGGGCAUAGUGACCAGGUUAUAUUGCAGGCAAGGCUACUACUUGCAAAUGCACCCAGAUGGAAGUCUCGAUGGAACCAAGGAUGACAGCACUAAUUCUACAUUGUUCAACCUCAUACCAGUGGGACUUCGAGUUGUUGCUAUCCAGGGUGUAAAAACAGGCUUGUAUAUAGCCCUAAAUGGAGAAGGAUUCCUUUAUACAUCAGAACUUUUUACCCCAGAAUGUAAGUUUAAGGAGUCUGUUUUUGAAAACUAUUAUGUAAUCUACUCAUCGAUGCUGUACAGACAGCAAGAGUCGGGUAGGGCCUGGUUCUUGGGACUCAACAAAGAAGGGCAAGUCAUGAAAGGCAAUAGAGUGAAGAAAACAAAACCAGCAGCUCAUUUUCUACCGAAGCCAUUGGAAGUUGCCAUGUACCGAGAACCCUCUCUACAUGAUGUUGGGGAAACAGUGCCAAAGGCUGUGGGGACGCCAAGUAAAAGCACAAGUGCAUCGGCAAUAAUGAAUGGAGGAAAACCAGUGAACAAGAGUAAGACCACAUAGCCAGAGCCUUGUGGAUGUUGUGACUUACUGAACUCUCUAUGUACAGCUGGGCACUUUAUCCUUGCAAGACUAUCCCACUCUGGUGUCUGCGGAUUGGCUGGAAGCAAGCGACGGCUUGCUCUGUGCUCCUUCCAAAUCUGUAACUCUUCCCACAGCAAAGACUUUUGGAUGACCAGCUGAACUCCGACCAUAGAAUGCCCAACCAGAUAUGGAAUGCCUUUUAAUCUCUUUUCUGUGACUGUGACACCUCAUGUGAAUGGCAUACUUCACAAGUACACUUGAUAUCUCUUGCCUGCUGACAGUUACCCAUAAUUCCCCCCUUUGGAGCCCAGGAGACCCCCCCCCCCCCCGUGUUUUAAGUUCAAUUUUGUAGCCCACAGAAUAAAUAACAAGUAAUUUCUAGAUAGAUGCUGUAAAACCUGUGCUAUUAUGGAUUUUUUCUUCCUCCUCUUUUUUAUGAGGCUGCUUGCUCCGCUGUCUGUGUGACUCCUUUGCAGGGAUUAUGUUUUGCUCAGAUUGAAGUGUUGCUGAUGGCUUAGUUUUGGGAAGCAAUCAGAGAAUUAGGGGAGCCUUCAAAACACUGUUAGGGAUCAUACCUGUAAAAGAUAGGACCAUUGCAAAUAAGGAUUCCGCUUGAAUACAGUUCCAGUAUGUUCCCAAGGAGGGAAAAGCAUCACGUGUGGCUAGUCAACAACCUUCCAAGGCCAAUGUUUGAUACCCCCUGUGUGUGCGUGUGUGUGUUUUAUACAUAUCACAGACUUACUGGUAAUGGUAACAUUUGCCUUGCCCAGCGAGCAAGACCCACAUAUUUUUAAGGAAGUGGGUCCAAAGAACUCUGUAGGCCUUGUAGGCCUGAAUUAAGGCUCAUUUUUCAUCUACUAGUACUCAUUAUCUGAAAUUCAAAAGAAAAAAAAUUAGAAUGAAUGGGAAUUCUGCUACCUACGUCUCUUUCAAAACAAUAGGUUCCUUCUCCUGUUUUUAAACAAUGGAACGUAAUCCCAUCUUUAUUUAUGGCUAUAGUUCACUCUUACUCAGCAAAGCAUGGGCAAGGAAGUUGUGGUUUUUUUUCUCUGCAGCACCAAUGCAAAAGAUAGUUACCGAUUAUACUUUUAAUACUUUCAGUGUUAAAAAGAGAGGAAAGAUUUUAAACAUAUUUGACGGAUUCCUUUGCAUUUCUUUGAUAGCUUAGCAUGCGAAGUCCAGGCAAUAUAUUAUUUUAUCUAUACCACAGCACUAUGUUUCCAGUCCAGCUUCUUAGGAUAUUAUGGCCACCAAAUUGCUAGAUUUUCGGUGCCUUGCAUUUAUCUUAUUAUUUUGGUUUUCCCUGUACUCUACAAAUUUAAGAAAAUUCUAACAAAAGAACAAGGUCACAAAUGUUUCUCUUUUGAUUACUAAAUGAAAUAAAUACUAAUAAUUUUUUUGGGCUAGAGAGCCUUGAGGCCAAAAUGAAAGAAUAGCAACAGGCUAUUCUUACAAAACACUCUUAGACAAAUGGAUAAAUUUUUGAAAGUAGAUACUGGGAAACUAAAUUGAAAACAGAAAGCAUGAUGUGAACCAAAAUGUAUCUUUGUUCCAGAUAAUCAUGUAUGAAACGUCUAAACAUUUGCACUCAUGUUUGUUUUCCAUUUCAAUUUUGGAACUUUUUUUUCAACGUGGUUUUAAAUAUUGGUUUACUUUUCAUCGUUAUUAUGGAAUGUUCAGAUUUCCUAUUUGGUUUGGUGGUAACAGAUUAAACUUUGAAUUAACUCUUGAAUCUUGAUUCAUAUCAGCUUCUAUUUGAAUAAGUAAGCCCUUAAGGUAUGCGUGAAUAGAUCGCACAUUGCUACUAGGUUAUUCAUGUACAACAGGGGUAUUUGAACCCCCAAUUUCUUGGUUUCUCCAUACAUGGUAAAGGUGUUUUAAGUUGAUUUCUUUCAGCCACACAAGUGAAGCACAUUAAACAUUAUUCUGUUCCCAGAAUUUAGUAACAUUUUUAAAAUGGCAACAAAAAAGAUUAAGGUGUUUUACAACAAAGGAAAGAAUUGGCGCACAAAAAUGGACCAUAAAAAUCCUUUUCCUCCUUGGUUUCUAGAGAAGGAAUAUCUUAGCAGUUCCCCUUGGGAAGAAGCCUUUUUUUAUUUUAUCCCCACACAGGGUAGAAAGGGGUCAUUGUGGUUCCCCACAAGUAGCUCAGCAGUGGCCCGGGGGACUUCAGAAGUCAUGCUAUUUCAGAUGCUCUGCCUAGUAGACACAGAAUUGUUGUCUGCCCAACUCUGCCAGCCCGUCACAUUUUAUUCUGAAUUUUGAAAUGUUUUGUGGUUGUUUUUUUUCCCUAGAGCCCCAGUUAUUAGAGACUGCUUACUUUGAUUUUCAGUAUACUUUCUGUACCGUGCAACUGAAAACUCUAAAACAAGAGUGCAAAAUAAAAAGUGUGACAUGUAUUAUUUCCCUUUCAUUUUGAUGAUGAUGGAUGAAGCUGGAGAGGGACAGGUUGGGGGCUUGGUGAAUCACCUCAGGACUUGGAACCAAACAUAAAGCAUCAAGCAUAAGGUGAGGUAACAUCAGUUUGUCAACUCAUUUUAUAAUGCCAGCAAGAUUUAAUUUUUAUUUUUAUACCUGUGCUCCAGACUUGUACUCAUUGCAUAAUUCUUCUGCUGGACCUUUUUUUCUCUCUUUUCAUGUACAAAGAAGCUUUGGAGCCAGAAUCAAGGUUAGCCAAAGGGAACUAUUCUCUUUUGCCAGUUGCAAUACAUUCUCUUAAUUUUUACAUUUGUGCCCAUACUGCCAUGUCAACCAGCCAUGUAGUUAAAUAAGAAGACCGAGUUCAUGUUUGUAAAUGAUUGACGCUGUAUACUAUUAAGUAGAACACAUGUAUUCCCUUCUUUGUUGUAAUGGGUGUAGAUUGCCUUCACACCUUCCAUGACUGGGGGGAUCUUAAAUAAGCUUAUUUGAGAAUCUAAAUCCAUUUCAGCACAGAGGAGAGAACGUGUAGUUCCUUGUGCUUUAGUUACUUUUUUAAGUUUGUCUCAUCUGUUUGCAUGGGAAAAGGAUGGUAAUAAUGAAUUGCAUGUAGUAGGCUAUAUGUAUCAGACCUGUUGGUAUGUACUGCAAAACUGACAUACAUAUAAGCAACAAGUUUGUCUGCAUUGUACAGUUUGUGUUUAUUACCAUUUUGUUGUAUACACAGAUACAGCAUAUUGAAUAAAAUAUUUAUAUGAAACACA